AUGGAGCAAGGUGAAUACAUAUCCAAUACAUCAAAAUACGAAAUAGAGAAAAGAGAGAGAACGAUAACUAAUAGUUUGUUAUUAUUACCUGUAGAGCUUUAUUAUUUGAUUACGAAAUUUCUCGCUGCAGGACCCUGUAAGGAUGCUGCACGUGCUCUUGAAAAUGAAUUGGCUCAGCAUAAAGAACUACUUCCACACACAAUCAAUUAUGAAGGCAAAAAAGUGCCAAUGACAAUGGACCGACUAUCAAAAGAACAUCCAAAUAUUAGUGAUAGCUAUUUGCUCGAUUUAUUGGAAAGAUUACUAGAUCAUUUUAAAGAAACAGGUGAUCCAAAGAAAGCUAGAGUAAGCGCUUUAAGACACGGAGAUAGGUCUUUGAUGACUAUGCUUUCAGCAUUCAUUCCUAAACAAGAUGAAAAAAACCACUGUAAUUAUUUAAACAUGACAAAAGAACAGCUUAAAGGAUUAUCCAUUCAUCGAUUACUCAUCGCAAGGGAAUUGGGAGUCAAAGCGUUUAAAAAGAACCAAGUGCCAACCUCUUUAUCCACAUUUUAUAGAGAACUUGUCACUAUCUCAGGUCAUCGCAACCCAGUUUAUUGUGUCGCUUUCGAUAAAACAAACAGACGUUUAUUUACAGGGAGUGAUGACUUUCUCGUCAAAGUAUGGUGUGUUCGUACGGGUUAUCUUAUUCACACAAUUAGAGGGCACCAGAAUAUUAUUACUGAUAUCACCAUUAAUCAAGAAAACACACUGAUAGCAACUGCCUCUUCAGACGGGUGCGUACGUGUCUGGACUAUGGAUGAAUAUAAACCCAUCAUGUGCCUUCGACCUAAUACAACAACAAUUAAACCAUUUACAACCGUUAAAUUUUCACCUUCGCCUAGAAAUGACACUCGUUAUUUGAUGGCAACAAAUGAAGAUGGAUUGGCACGACUUUGGAGAUGGGAUAGAGAUACCUUGGAAUUCUUUGAUGUAGAUUCACCUAUCGCCUUCAGUUGUAAAUUUAGAGCAAGAGAUCGUUUACGAUGUUCUUCGUUCAACUAUACUGGCACACAAUUUGCAGUCGCUGGUGAUGACGGAUUUGUCUAUGUGUUCUCCACAAUACCUGUUGAAGCAGUUUAUGCAGGCGCAACACCUAGUCACCAUGACUCUUCAGCUAAUCAGCAUCAAUCUCAGGUGGGCAGAGGAAGACGAAGGGUGCCAAGUGUUUUAUUCCCUGAUAAGAGUGGACAUGUACAAUCACAGACAGUAGUACCCAUUGGUAUACUUGAAGGGCAUAUGGGCAGUGUGACGGAUUUGGCAUACAGUCAUGACGGACAGAGGAUACUUAGCGGCUGCCAAGACGGAACAGCCCGUAUAUGGCACUUUAAUAAAACCGCAGAGGAGUGGGAGUCGAUCGUAUUGAACUUGAAACAGCCUAUGGAUGCACCUGUUGUACAGUUUGAGACUCCCAGUCAUAAACAAUCCAAUAUCAGCCAUAAACGACAUACAGACGCAGAAGAGUUUGGCUCAUGUAUACCCUUUGAUGACAAUGAUGAAAGUGUAACCAGUAUAGAUCAAGAUGUUGAUGUAAAUAAUACAACAGAGCAAGCACCUUCAGCCAUAAGCCAGGUCAAAGUAUCGAUGAUUGCUUGGAGCUCCGAUGAUAAAUGGUGUAUUGUCGCGUCAAACCAGGGGGAGAUAAGAGUGUAUUAUGCUUAUGACGGUAGACCAGCAUGUAUGCUAAAGGGGCAUCGAGGAGAAGUUUAUGCUCUAGACAAUCAUCCACUGGAUCCCAGCACACUUUUGUCUGCUGGUUAUGAUGGAAAUGUGAUACUUUGGGAUUUAGCUAGAAUGAAGAUGAUUACUCGCCAUCAUCAUGCUGGAAGGACUUUUACAGACUCCAAGUUUUCAAAAGAUGGUAUGAAGUACGCCAUUACGGAUGAAGAAGGACAUUGUACCUUAUAUGGUAUUGGAGGCCUAGAGAAGGAUUAUGAGCAAGUCCGUAGCUGGGAAAGGGGGCAAUAUUUUAUGUCUGACUAUCAAGCUCUUCGUUAUUUCACUGAUGGCAGUUUUGUUGAUGAGGCCACCCAACAGAUGCCAUAUGCUUUGCCUCCCUCUUCCAUAAUCGACUUGCAAGGCGUUGCUUAUCCAAAUCAAAAGAAAUUGGGUUAUGGCAGAAAUAUUCCUACUGUAUCUGAAACAUUUGAACUUGAAGAUAUGAAGAGAAGUGCAUGUUAUGCCAUGGAAGAAGAGGAAAUGAGAAAAAUUAAAGCGAUUAAGCUGCCAUCACUGGACCGUGCUACUAUUGCACGAAAAAGGCGCGAUUUUGUCAAAUCAAGCGAUGAAGAAGAAGCAGAGUUGGCAGCCAAUACACCCUUUCAGUUUCCUCCUCCAUUACAGCCAUUCUUGCUUCCUGACGACUCUGAGGAUGAAGAUUACCGUGAAGACGGUCCCGAUAACGCAGCUUAUGCUUCUAGCGGUGAGAGUAGUGAAGAGGCUGGCUCGGAUGACUUUGUCGCAAGAGAUGAUCAAGUAGAAAGUGAUGCUGAUCAAGAGGAAGAAGGCCCAGUAACUAGAAGCAGAGCAGGACAAAGACGGCCUUCACCAUCACCUGUCAGAGGUCCUAGUAGUAGAGGCACAGUGCCUAGUACGCGAAGAACAAAUGCGCCCAGAAGACGAGGACGCCCAAGGCUUAAUAGAGAUAAUAUGCGUGGUACAGGCCGAAGAGGUCGUCCUUCCCGUAAGCGAAAUAGAUCGGAUGACGAGGAAGAGGAGCCUGUGAGACCUCGAUUUAGACGACGAUUAGCACAUGUAUCGUAUUUGGAAAGCGACCCUGAUGACAUAGAGGACGAAGAGGAGGAGGAGGAAAAUGAAUAUGUCACUGUUGAUGAAGGAAAUGACGAUCAAAUGGAUGUGUUUGUGAACGUUGAGAGCCCAAAUAGAAUACAGAGAGAGAAUAGUUACCCAGUAGCAUCGAGUAGCCACAGUGCUUAUGAUACAAGAGGUAGGGCUUCAAGUAUUACCACUCGUAGUUCUGCUAGCCAUAUUUAUACUGAUGAGCAAGAAGACCGCAAAGGGAAAAGAAUUCUGCGCUCUAUGGCUAGCGACGUUGAUAGCCAUGAAGAUAAUCAUGGUCCAUUGAGUCCUUAUUCAUUCAGAUCGCAUCAAAACGGCAUUGGCAGUUCAUCCUUGACCAGUACACAUCCGCCACGUCCUAAACGAACACGUUCUCAGCAGAUGGAAUCACCUAAACCCCCUGUUCAGUCAAAAGCAACCGCCAAACGAGCAGGGAAACAGCGCGGUUUCCCAAGGAUAUUGUCUAAAGAUGAAAUUGAAUUGUUCGAGCCCAUACCUUGGAUUAAAAAUGUUGAACGAUCUGUAUCGAAAUAUUUACCACAGACAGGCGACCAUAUUGUGAUCCUAACAGAAGGGCAUCGACAGUACUUGAGACAAUCAGAGAUGAAGGGUCUUUUUGAUGAGAAGCAUGGUGUGAUCGAUCGGCAUGAGCCUGUUAUCUUUGCUCAAGUGUCUGGCAUGAGCUGGCAAGUAGGCCCUCCUACCUACUGUAAGCUCAAGGUAUCUCUCCUUCGUUUACAAAACUUGCAGCAAGUUCUAUCCCACCAAGCUGCUCCUAAUUGGGUGCCAUUAAAUAGAGAAGAAGUAAUUGACUAUUCUGAUGAAGAUGGAUGUCCUGAAUUUAUUAUCCUUUGGGAAAGAUUCUAUGCAUCCAUGGAUGUAUUCCGUAACCUUCAAGUUGGACAAGCUGUGGAUGCUGUUUAUGAUGAAAGUGGUACAUAUAGUGGCACAAUAGCUAGCCUUAACCAAAAAGGACUGCAAUGGAGACAAGCCAACUUACCUAGUCCCUGGACAUACUUUCACGUCGUCUGGGAUGAUCCAAAUUCUAAGCCUGAUGAUAUGUGUCCUUGGGAAUUAGUGCCGCAUGGUGAAAACUUUUAUGAUAGAUAUGAUGUGGGACCAAGGCUUACGAACGACGAAAUAAAAAGAGCCAAAGACAUCCUUAUUUGGCUAGCAAGUUCAGAAGACUUUGCACUUUACGUGCAACAAGUGGAUUAUUAUCAGUACCCUUCUUAUCUUACAAUUGUUCCUUACCCUGUCUGUCUGGAUAUGGUCCUAGAAAGAUUAGAAAAUGGAUUUUACAGAUCGAAACAGGGUGUUAUUGAUGAUAUAGAACUUAUCAAAAAGAAUGCAAUGCGUUAUAAUGAUGAAUCGUCAGCCGCUCAUAAGAAUGCUAUUAGAAUGGCAAACUUUUUUAAAACACGCUUCAUGAACCCCCGUAUGCCAUUGUCUUGGGCAAAGGGCGGUGGCAGAAAGAAGGCAAUCGUUGAUAAAUCAGACGACGAGUAUCAAGAAGAACUACAAAGGGAGGAAGAGUCGGAGGAAGAACCUGUUUUAAGGAGAACAAGACGGUCCACAGGAAAUUCUGACGAUGAUGAAGACUUUAUUGUGGACGAUGAUGAUUAUGAUUAGUGAGAUUAUCGAAUCUUGCAUGUAAAUAAACACUUGACCAACUGU